GCGAGCUCGGCGGGUUGCUGGUGUUCCUCAGCCCGGUAAAGACGUUCAGCAGGAAGGGCACGUCACACUCAAGGGCGCUGGGCUGCAGCCGGGAACCUUCUGGCUCACCAGGAUAGUUUUGCUGCGUUCCAUAGCGUUCAUUUACUAAGCACACGAUACUUCACAAAUCAACCAACUGAUUCCAAUGGCAUGGAAACCACGACGAUUGGAGCUGAUAGAUAUGUUGCAGCCUUCGUCCGCCUUCAUAGCCGUUGAGUUGGAAGUAACUUCGUCCGGCUGUUUCACCGUUGAGGUCUUGGUUGGAUUAUUCUUUGUCAGGGACCUCACCCUCGACCUCACCGCCAUGGGUGACCCUACCAGGAGCAUAGCUCCAGACGACAUUGUUCUCGGGAUUACAGGACCACACAAGCUUCUCCACCACGACAAGAGCCCGUAAGAAGGUUCCGAAUAAAAAGAAAGCAAGCUUGUGGAAAGGUGAAAGAGGAAGGAGCAAUUAAUGAAACUGACUGCUCAUAUUGAGCCUUGCAGGACUUGAAAAUAUCUAUAAACAUGAACAGAGUAAUUGUGAAUCAAAAGUUGUAGCAUUUUCUGUUGCUUACCUUCAAAACAAACAAUUACUUGGAAAGAACGGAUUGCUACCAAGUCAGCUAUAUUUACAGAAGAUUCAACAAUAUGCUGGGGGUAAAGUUGGCAUUGAAGCUUUGAGUUAUGCACCAACGAUUCUGUGGUUUCUGGACUGGUCAGACAUGGAUGCACACCUCGACAAUAUUGCCCUAUUAGGAAUGGGACUGUCAGCGUUUAUAAUGCUCACAGGAUGUGCCAAUAUGAUGAUCAUGUUUGUCUUAUGGAUUCUGUAUCAUUCACUUGUGAACGUUGGUCAGAUUUGGCUGGGAGUCUCAAUUACUAGAAACCGGGUUCCUUGGAAUAUUCCUGUGCCCUGUGCUGACCCUCUGUUCCAUUCCACAUCAUACACCACCAUCCAAAAUAGUCAUCUGGGCUUUCCGUUGGCUCAUUUUCCGCAUUAUGCUAGGAGCGGGGCUGAUUAAGAUACGUGGAGAUCGUUGUUGGAAAAAUCUGACCUGCAUGAACUACCAUUAUGAGACUCAACCUGUACCUAAUCCAAUUGCAUAUUACAUGCAUCGAUCUCCAUGGUGGUUCCACAGCUUUGAAGUUCUGGUCAACCAUUUUAUUGAGCUCAUUGUUCCAUUUUUCUUACUUCUGGGGCGCCGGAUGUGUAUUAUCCAUGGAAUUCUGCAGAUCUUUUUCCAGGUCUUACUCAUCAUCAGUGGGAAUCUCAGUUUCUUAAACUGGUUGACUAUUGUUCCCAGUAUUGCUUGUUUUGAUGACUCCAGUCUGGCCUUCCUCUUCAGCUCACGAAAAGGCAAAGCCAAAGAUCAAGUAUCCAUGAUUCAGGAUAGAGAGGCAGUAGGUCAGAAACCACCUACUCAUUAUGGUGCCUUCAUUCGACAUUGUCUGAACAUCUCCUUUGGGGUCCUCAUUGCUUACCUCAGUCUACCAGUGAUUGUAAACCUGCUUAGUUCAACACAAAUGAUGAACACUUCCUUUAAUCCAUUGCGAAUUGUCAACACCUAUGGAGCCUUUGGAAGUAUUACAAAGGAACGGACUGAGGUCAUAAUUCAGGGAACAAUGAAUGUGGAUCCAAAAGAUCCCAGUGCCUUGUGGGAGGAAUAUGAAUUCAAGUGUAAACCUGGCGAUCUAAAGCGGAGACCGUGUAUUAUUAGUCCAUACCAUUACCGUCUCGACUGGCUAAUGUGGUUUGCUGCAUUCCAGACCUAUGAACAAAAUGAAUGGUUAAUCCAUUUGGCUGGGCGACUUCUGAUGAAUGAUAGCCUUGUAAUGUCACUAAUAGAAUACAACCCAUUUCAAGAUCGAGGACCACCAAGAUGGAUAAGGGGAGAGCACUAUCGCUACAAGUUCAGCAGACCUGGUGGCGGCCAUGCUGCGGAGGGGAAGUGGUGGAUUCGGAAACGGAUUGGUGCAUACUUUCCACCUCUCAAUGUGAAUGGGCUGAAGAGGUAUUUUAAGGAGCGGAAAUGGCCCAUUCAAGGCAACCACUGAAGCAAUGAUUCCUUUAUGAAUUAAGGCAGUUGGCUUCCAGCAAGAACACCACAAUGCCACCUCAGAAUGCAAACAUAUCACUUCAUUCCGUGAAGCAUAAUGACUAAUUUCCAUCUGACAGAAUCAAAAUGACUGGAAUUACAUUGUUCCCUACACAAUGAAUAUAUUUUAAUUGAAAACGGGAGUCAUUUUUAAGAUCUGUGAUGUUUUCAGAUGAACCUCCAACAAAUCUUCAUACCCCAAUAUCUACAAUAUUUACAGAUUUCAAAGGAAUUUUCUUUAACUCGUUAUUUCAGGAAAUUGUAAUUUAGACCUAUUUCUUGUUUCCUUUCUAUGCAUCUUCACUUGACAGAUACAAAUCAAGAGGCUAAAACAUACAACUAGACUAACUGCUCCGUGCACCUCUCUUCUGUGCAGUUUCCUGCUCAUCAUUUCAACCCGUAAAGCUCCUAUGUCAAUCUUCAGAAAAGGCUUGGACCAUUGAUUUGUCCAGAAUCAAGUUCAGCCACGGUUUGGCCUGAUGAAGGGUCUUAGCCUGAAACGUGACUGAUUACUCUUUUCCAUAAAUGUUGCUUUGCCUGCUGAGAUCCUCCAGCAUUUUGUCUGUGUUGCCCACUGUUAUGUUUGGCUACAGCCAAGGAGUGGCAGAAGGCAUCAUUCUUCCAGUUCCUUGCUCACUCCCUUUAUCAUUCGUUCUGUUGGAUCCAGCUCCCUAACACUCAAACCCACCCUACCAUCACCCGUAUCCAUCCCUAUCUCCCAAUAUCAACCUGGCCACACCCAAACCCACCCACAUCUACCUAUCCCUAACAUUUAUAUUUCCCGCCUACCUCUCCAUACCCACACCUACCCAUCCCUUAACACCCCUAUCUGCCAACAUCUACCGAGUCACACCCAAACCCACUCACAUCUACCCCUUCUGACCCAACAACGAACCAUCAUACACACCCCCACUUACUGUUUUAUGUACUUCUUUAAUGACAUAAUUAAUCAAUUAUGCCAUUAAGGUGGAUUGUUGAGCAAUUUAAUCCUUGAUCUCAUCAAACAAUGGUUGAUCCUAUAACGGCUUCAGAGUACAAAAGUGAGAGAAUGAAUUGAAGUUGAACAGUGAUUUUAUUCUGGAGGCUGUAACCAUUCAAAACUUUGUUGUAAUUUGAACCUUCUUCUUUUAAAUGCAUUUGUUCUAAGUAUCAGUGAUUUAUGAUGUUGAUUCAUCUUUCUGCAAGAAAAUAGACAAAGAACUGCCUGAAGGUUGUGUGGUGGCUUUGUGAAUGUGCUCCUGGGCAGGCUAAAGACCCAACUCCUCUUGAAGUGGUUACUGCUGAUCAAUCAACUCUAUAACCAGAAAUGGAUUUUGUAUUUUCAAAAUUAAAUAAAGGAAUUUAUC